AUGUCCAAACGCAAGGUUCUUCUGAUGGGGAAGAGUGGUGCUGGGAAGACAUCGAUGAGGUCGAUUAUAUUCGCGAAUUACAUAGCCCGUGACACGAGCCGCCUCGGGCCCACCAUUGAGGUGCUAAUCUAUGUAUUUGACGUUGAAUCUCGGGAAUGUGAGCGCGACUACAACUAUUUCCAAACUUGUCUAGAAGCUCUUCUGAUUAACUCGCCAAACGCUGAGGUUUUCUGCCUCGUGCAUAAGAUGGAUCUUAUUCAAGAGGAGCACCGUGAACGGACAUUUGAGGAAAAGUGCAAAGAUAUUUAUCGGCUCUCCGACGAACUAAUCGGAAAUAAGGAGAAGACACAGUCAAUUGUUCAGUGUUAUAAGAGCUCCAUUUGGGAUGAGACUUUAUAUAAGGCUUGGUCCGCGAUAGUCUACAAAUUGAUCCCCAACGUUCAAAUGAUCGAAAAGAAGCUUAGCAAUUUCACUGACGUGGUGGAAGCAACUGAGGUACUGCUGUUUGAACGUGCUACCUUUCUGGUCAUCGCGCAUUCAGAAACCACAGAGCAGAACAAAGACGUGCACCGUUUCGAGAAGGUUUCGAAUAUAAUCAAACAAUUCAAGCUCUCAUGCAGCAAAAUGGGCUCUCAUUUUGAACAAGUGCAAGUGAAAAAUGACCAGUUUGCGGCAUUCAUUGAGGCCUUCACACCAAACACAUUCAUUAUGGUGGUCAUGUCUGGCCCGGGGGCGUCAUCCAUUUCCGGAUCCGCCAUUCUGAUGAAUAUUCGGCUGGCCAGGAAGCACUUCGAGAAGUUGGAGGAGCCCGUCUCCAUC